AUGUCGAAUGAAAAUAUUCUGUCUCUUCAUAUUUUACCUAUAGAACUUCUCUACCGAAUUCUUGAUAAUAUGGACGAUUUGACUAUGUUAUGUUCAAUGAGAAAUGUCUCGAAACGGAUUAAUGCAGUUAUGGACAUUUAUCAUCGAUAUCAGACACUCACUACACUUAAUCUCCGCAUUGAUGCAAUCGGUGAUCAAGGAGUUCAACAUCUUGCGAAUGCUCUACAUCACAACAGAACACUCACCACACUUGAUCUCAAAUAUAAUGAAAUUAGUGUUGAAGGAGCAAAACAUCUUGCCAAUGCUCUUCAACAAAAUACAACACUCACUACACUUUACCUUGGUGGCAAUCAAAUUGGUGUUGAAGGAGCAAAACAUCUUGCAAAUGCUCUUCAACAAAACAAAACACUCACCAAACUUGAACAUAGUGACAAUCAAAUCGGUGAUGAAGGUGCUCAACAUAUAGCCAAUUCUCUAAAAAACAAUGAAGUAGCGCUAAUCACACUUGUCCUUCAAGAAAAUAAAAUUGGUCAACAAGGAGCAGAACAUCUUGCCAAUGCGCUACAGCAAAAUAAAACACUCACUGCACUUAAUCUUCGCAUCAAUGCAAUCGGUGACCAAGGAGUUCAACAUCUUGCUAAUGCUCUAGAACAUAACAAAACACUCGUUAUAUUGGACAUCAAGCUAAACGAAAUUGGUGUCGAAGGAGCAAAAUAUCUUGCCAGUGCUCUACAGCGAAAUGAAGUAACACCCUGA